AUGCCGGACCCUUCCCGCCGAUGUUCCAACUCAGGCACCGUCCGGGCCUGCGUCAACUGUCAGAAGCGCAAAAGCCGAUGCAUGAGAGGCAGCGCAGCCAACGACCCAUGUUCUUACUGCGCCAAAACAGGCAAGACGUGCAGCUUUGAGAGGCCCCCUGAUCGGACGCCUCUGACCCGGAAGAACCUCGACGCAGCUGAGCUCCGGUGCAAGCAGCUUCAGAGCCUCGUCAAGUCCUUGAACCCAGAGUUCGACAUCAACUCAGCCAUUGAAGAGACACGGGUCCAGCAGGACUUAGUGGGGAAUGAAGAUGAUGGCGGCGGCAGCUCGCUUCACUCCCCGCCGGGAGACUCGGAUGAAGUCACACCUCACAGCUACGAAUGGCACGAGGGGUCGCUGUCGCCAGAGUUCAAAUCUUCAGCCCACGAGAAUGACGGGAUGGCUAUGCUGCCAACCCAUGACUCUGGAUACUUAGGGAGCAGUUCUGGUUCCCAGUUGCUUGGGGAGAUCGACUCCGUGAUCCACGUUGCGCAUCCAGCCACGCCGCACCACACAUCGCAUCGUAAAAGACAACGUAGAUCAUCCAGUUCAGCCGGAUUCGCGUUACCUGAACCUUUUGACCUGCCUUCGUCAUAUAUCGCUGGCCGGUUGAUCGAUGCGUACUUUCUACUCUACAACACCUCUUACCCAGUUCUUCACGAGCGGACUUUUAGAGAAAGGGUCGAAGUAGGGCGUCGUCAACGGCUGACGAACUCGCCAUGGCGUGUCGUUUAUCAGAUGGUUUUGGCCAUCGGCCACUGGCUCUCUAGCACCGAGUCAGAGCAUCUGCAGUCUAGCUACUACAGCGCAGCGCGUUCCAGUUUGUCUCUUCAAAUGCUUGAGUCCGGCACGAUUGAGACAGUUCAGGCCUUCUUGCUUAUGAGCAACUACCUACAGAAGAGAGAUAGGACCAAUACUGGCUAUAACUUUAGCGGUUUAGCCUACAGAAUGGCCUUGGGCCUAGGUCUACAUCGCGAACCUCCAGGGUUGGAAGAUACUCUGGGACAUGAGCGGCGGCGGCAGCUCUUUUGGGCUAUCUACUGUUUCGAGAGUGGGUUCAACAUUACCACCGGACGGCCACCCGCAAUGUCGGAAGAUUUCAUAGAUACCCGGGUCCCUCGAAACAUUGACGAUAAGGAACUACCACUCAAGGCACCGGUACCACCACCGGUUGAUUACCCAACUACUUACUCGGCUAUCAUUGCCCAAGCAAAGCUAGCCAAGAUUGCCGACGCUGUGUACCACGAGUUUCUACUAGCAAAGACAGCCGGAACAAAGGUCGAAUACAGAGUCGCUGAAACAAUGGAGCGAGAUUUAAACCGCUGGCAACAAGCUCUGCCGGCAUACUUCAGCCAAGCCGAUUGCCCAACAUGGUUCCGGGCGCCUCGAGCGGUCGUGCUCUGGAAAGAGCAGAACCUUCGCAUUCUUCUCUGGCGCGGAAGUCAGCAACAUCACAGCUACCUGCCCACCAAGGUAAAUGCGGAAGAAAAGUGUCUUGAUGUCGCUAUGCAAAGCAUCCACGACAUUGCUACUUUCUCCAUGGAGAAUGAAGUGUCUCUUCACCAAGGAAUCGUAUGGUACGCGACAUACUUCCUUUUCCAGGCGACUCUAGUCCUGGAAGCGAACUAUCUCACCAAGGCCACUUCGACAGACCAGACAGACAGACUUGCAUGGCAACACUCAGUCUCCAAAUCACGCGCCUGCUUGAAGACCUUGGCGCAAAAGAGCAGAUCGGCAAAUCGAUGCCUGGAGAUGCUCGAUCGCAUCCACAGCCAGUUCCAGUCCCUACCGCAGUUGGACCUAGAAUUGGAUCAAAACUACUCCCAAUCCGUGGUUCCUCAGCCGGGUGAUGAGGCUGAAGCGAGGCCGACGGCAUCCCACUUCGUUGCGCCGACGCAAAACUUUGCUGAUCUGCCGAGUGAGAAUGACUUUGCAUUCUACGGCGAAGAUCAACCGGCUUUCGACGACGAUGCUGCAGACCCAAGUCUACGAAUGUUGCUCAACGAGUCUUCCCUAGACUUUAUGGAAAAUAUGCCCCUCGACCUGUUACUUGGGGAUUGGACAUCUUGA